GAACAUAAUCAAGAAAUGACAAAGUGACGCUUGUCAAAAUAAUUAAAAAAUUUCUUUUUCGAGGUAUAUUUGCAUUUAGUUCGUGUUUUUAAUAUUUAUUUACAAAACUAAAGGCGACACGCUCCACAUCAAUUCCACACGAACUAAUUGACCAAAGAAGGUUAGACUUGAUGAGUAUGAUCGAAAAUGUGGCCUAAUCUACUAGAUUUGACGAAAGACGAUUGUCGAGGUAUCCUGCGGAGAUCAGAGCUGGAAGCGUACUCACAAGUGAUAAGCACUUUUCGCGCCCAAGGUUCGUUAAACGAAAAGAAAUCAAAAAUUUUGAAAGAUUUGCGAGAAAUUUUUCACAUUAACGACGACCGUCACAAAGCCGAAAUUCGCAGAGCAACAAACGAUGAAGAGCUGUGCACCAUUGCCGAAAGAAUUGCUGGACCGAAUACGGGUCAAGAAUGGUCGCUGGAAGGUCGACGACGUUAUCCUCUGAUACCGCGUGAUCCGUCUUUGCACACGGCUCUGUCGGUCAUCGCCAAUGCUGCCAUCAAAGAUGUCUUAUCGAUCGCUCCCAUAUCCGACAAUUUCAAAGAGGAACCGCGCCACAAUCUACCGAUUUCGGUGAGCCCUGUGAUCACUGAAGACCCAUUUUCGAUUGUGAACGCCAACAAAGUUGAAAUGAAAUUCGUAAAAUCACCGAAAAAGCGUUCCGUCGAAAGAGAUCUACCCGCUCAGCCGUUACACACCAAUAUGCGCAUCCAACAGCUUUAUCACUCACACAGCUCACACAAUGUCGGCAGUGGUCGAACGCCAACGAAACAGAGAAAGAUCCAAUCGAAGCGACAACUGUCGAUGAAGGGCAAAGUACCAGUGAACAAGCCGACACACAGAAGGAAAUUAGCUACAGUACCUAGUGUUCCCGGUGGAUUAUCCGAACACAAACCGAGACAGAAAAAGAAUCAUCCGCCGAAAAUCACCACAGAAAAUCUGCUCACCUCACCAUCCGAUGGAUGGGGAAAUGAUGUUAUUGAAGCUACAACGGGACCUCCAGUGCAAAUCGUCUACACAACACCAAAUCAAACAUUUACAAUGCAAAAGGACGAUGCACAAAACAAUCUGAUAACGGAAUCGACGCCGAUAACAUGGUUAAGCAAUGCCGGUCCAACGAUACAGAACAAUCGAAUACAAACGAAACCGAUGCUGGGCAAGAAUUCGCAUUUGAUCAUUGGCGACAGUGUGACAAACAAUGGACCGCGACGAAACUUCGGCGUUAACAUUAUUGAGGAUAUCACGUUGGACCAGCUGUGUAAUAUUGAAAAAUCGCCGCAAGUCACAUCGUCCACACAUCUCGUAUCGGAUCAAACGGUUUCGCUGCCGAAUAACAAUUCAUUUACCACAUCCACUGGUAUCAUCCAAACGAACGUGAUUGGUCCGUCGAAACCACCAAAGAUUCAGAUUACGAAUCAACAGAUUUUGUCCAAUAAAAUACCGAUAAUCAAAUCGCUGCAAAGCAAAGGCAAUGUGACCUUAAUCAACAAAGACGGCCGAAUGGUGAUCAAAACGCCAACGGAUCCAGCCGGUGGUCUAACACCAAAGACCCCGAAAAGUGAAUCAAAAAUGGAUCAGUUAAUCAAAGCGGUCUCGUUGACCAGUUCACCGACUAGUGCAACCAAUCAACAAAAUUCGAAUAAAAUUUCGCUGCAAAAACUGCAAUUAGUGAUGCCGAACAAAGUGCGCGCAGCAACGAAUAUGGUCAAGAUUUACACAUCGCCACAGCAGUUACAGGCGACGACACCGUUAAAGGAGAAAAUGGUGCUGCCGGUGACGCAGAAACCGGCCGAUAUCGUUUCGUUAUCGGGCCAGGAAAAUGUUGUCGUUUUGGGCGUAUGUCAGACGACCGAAAAUGCGAAUGUCGGCAGCAUAAACGUAACCGAUGCAAUGAUCACCGAGGACACACCAAUUGACAUCAUUUCAUCGGACGAAAUCGCUAAAUUUGACAAACAAAACAAUGUGCCAUUAAAAUCGACCCAAUUGCUGAAACAUUUGAAGUCACCGAUCGUGAAGUCCGGCGACGGACGAAAUCGACCAAUGAAGGGUACACCCGUUGUCGUCCACGAUACGAUCGAUGUGUCCGACGACAAUGAUGUUGUCAGUUCAACCGAUUGGGAAAUGGAAGUGGACCAUGCCAAUAAUUGCAAGACUCAGGAAAUGGAACAGGAUAAUUCAGUUGAGCUGAGUAAUGUUGCUGAGGAUGGUGAUCCCAUUGAAAGCUACCUGCAACGGAUCGACGAUGAAACGGACGACAUAAUACAAUACGAUGCAUCAGGUAGCCCAUCAUCAUUGUUAAAUGAAGCCGAUAAAAUGUAACACGAGUCCAUAAUCAUCAAACGAAAAGUGGUAGAAGCGCAUCGUAAUAAAUCGCAAUAAAUUUGUCAGUCGGAUUUUAUCUCUAUCAAUGCAGACAGAGAGAGAGAGAGAGAGGACCCAUGGAAAAGCAAAGUAGAAUUUGCCGAUUUUUUUUAUUUUCUCUUUUUUUUCUUUCUUUAUUAUAAAAGGUUGUAAUGGAAUGAGUAGUUAAAUCAAUACAGAGGAUGCACAAUAGAUUUUAAGACCAAAACAAAAGAGAGAAAAACAAUGUACAAUGUGAAAUGAAGAAGAGGAAAACACAAAAAAGAAGAAGAAAACCAUUUUUAAAGAAAAAUAGGGAAAUGGAUCCGUCGUCUAUUUUCAGAAGAUAAUGGCUAAGCCAUCAAUGUGGCCAAUGGUCAUAAUCAUUUUUAUGUAUAGUUUUUAUCACUUUCGAAGCAUUGCAUACUAAUACAACCGUUUGUUGGAUAUUUUAAA